AUGUCUCCCCUCCCUGCACCCCUCUUUCUGAUGCUGCUACCGCUUGCAGUGCUUCCUCAUGUUCGUGGUGGGGCAUACUACGGACACAAGCAGCACCCUCAGCAUCACCAGCCAAUGCAACACCUCCAGCACAUGGGCAAAGAAGGCUUCCCCCAGCAACAGUAUCUUGGCAAAGAGAUGCCCUAUAUGCAGUACCCCCACUACAGGAAGGAGCUUCCCCAAAUGCCCAUGCACAUGGGCAAGGAGAAUGCUCGCAAAGGGGGUGGCUAUAAUGGUGGACAGGACAAAGGGCAAACUAUCCCUAGUGGUGCUGAGGGAAUUCCCCAAGGGGAACCAGGCCCAGCUGGGCCACCUGGACCUGAGGGACCUCCAGGUCCUCCAGGACCUCCAGGGAAUGGACAGCCAGGACCUGCUGGACGACCAGGCCCUCCAGGUCCACCAGGAUUGCCUGGUGUGGGCAAACCAGGUUUGCCAGGAUUGCCAGGCAAGCCUGGAGGAAAUGGGGAGCCAGGGCCACAAGGAGAAAUGGGCCCAAGUGGUGGAGAGGGGCCAAUGGGACAGCCAGGGCCCCAGGGUCCCCCAGGACCACCUGGGCUGCCAGGAAUAGGUAAACCAGGGGGGCAGGGACUGCCAGGCCAACCAGGACCCAGGGGAGAGCCAGGGCAUAAAGGUCUUCCAGGGUUACCAGGGUUACCAGGACCCAAAGGAGACAAAGGGAUGGGCCUGCCAGGGCCGCCUGGUCACAAGGGGCUUCCAGGCCCCCCAGGGCCUCCUGGUGCAGGAGGGUUGCCUGGCAUUGGAAAACCUGGACUGAAUGGGAUUCCAGGGCCACAAGGACCACCAGGGAAGCCCGGACCCCCUGGAGAAAAAGGCCCAGCUGGGCCACCUGGCGAAGGCGGACAGCCUGGCCCACCAGGUCUGCCUGGACAGGGUAAACCAGGUCAAAAUGGUUUGCCAGGACAGCCAGGCAUGCCAGGCGGGAAAGGUCAUCCAGGACCCCCAGGUUUGCCAGGAAAACCAGGACUACCUGGAUUUGGCAAACCAGGAUUCCCAGGACCUAAGGGUGAUAAGGGUAUGGGCGGUCCACCUGGACCCCCAGGACCAAAGGGAGAUAAAGGUCAUGGAGGAUUGCCUGGAAUGCUUGGACCCCCUGGACCAAAUGGCCCACCAGGUCCCCAAGGCCCUAUAGGACCUCCAGGAGGCGUUGGUGCACCUGGCCCAAAAGGAGCAAGUGGCGAAGGAGGGCCUAAGGGGCUUGAUGGAGCCAAGGGUGAGCCUGGUCCCGCUGGGCUUCCUGGUAAGGAUGGUCUACCUGGAGAGGAUGGAGAGCCAGGGCCAAGGGGUCCACCAGGACCUGCUGGUGCUAAAGGGGAAGGUGGACAUAAAGGUUUACCAGGUCCUCCUGGUCCUCCAGGGCUUCCUGGGCCAAAGGGACAGGGUGGAUUACCUGGGGAAGUGGGUCCUCAAGGUCCUAAAGGAAUUCCAGGUCUGGAUGGUGCAGCAGGACCAGUUGGCCCUCCUGGUCCUCCUGGGACAAAAGGAGAUAUUGGCUCUCCUGGUCUGCCAGGCAUUGCUGGUGAGGGAAUUCCAGGUGUUCCAGGUCCAAUAGGCCCCCCAGGGAAGGAAGGCCUAGCAGGGCCACCUGGACGACCUGGUCAGCCCGGCCCCCCUGGACCACCAGGCCCAUCUGGAACACCUGCUCUGCCCCCUGAUAUGGCUGGAGUCCUCCCUGGAAUGGGCCCUGGACUGGAUGGUGUUAAGGCUGGUGGUUAUGGCAAAAAGGGAAAGUAUGGAGGAAAUGGCGCAGAGGUAAUGGGUGCCAGUGGGUUGGAAAUGCCAGCAUUCACUGCUGUAGUAACAACUCCCUUCCCACCCGUGGGCACUCCCGUGAUCUUUGACAAGCUCUUGUACAAUGGUCGCCAAAACUACAACCCCCAGACAGGUAUAUUCACUUGUGACAUGCCUGGUAUUUACUACUUCGCCUACCACAUUCACUGCAAAGGAGCCAAUGUAUGGGUGGCUUUGAUGAGGAACAAUGAGCCAGUAAUGUACACAUAUGAUGAAUACAAGAAGGGUUAUCUAGAUCAAGCAUCGGGGAGUGCAGUAUUACCUCUACAGCCUGGGGAUACUGUGUAUAUCCAGCUGCCCUCGGAUCAGGCCGCAGGACUUUAUGCUGGCCAGUAUGUCCACUCCUCCUUUUCUGGGUACUUGCUAUAUCCGAUGUAA